AUGAAUGGGCUCUCGACCAUUUCUUCACUCCUUAUGCUCCGAGCUACCCUUUCUCACUCCUCCUCGUCCACGCCAAGCCAUCUCCCUUCUCUGCCAUUGGAUACACUGGCCCUGGUGAAUGAUGUGUCAUCGGAAGUCUCGGAAGGUGAUGCUAGACAAGUCCUUUGCGAGGCUGUAGAUAAAUACCAUGCCUCCAUCCUCGUCGUCAAUUUUGGUAGCGUCAGUGACUAUUGUGCUCACCAUGCUCACUGCAGUGUGAUGGUUGUGAGGAAGCCUAAGACGAAGACCAAACACUGA